AUGCAAGAUCAAACCAACAAUGGAAUGCAAUUACCAAUUGAUACAGUUAAUGCUUUAGAAAAUGAAACUGAUAACGAAGAUGCUUUACAAGUAUUGUACAAUAUAUCAAAAAAUAAACAAAUCAUACAGUAUGAUUUGCUGAAUAAGUUAAUUGAACAUUUCAAUCCAAACAGUGAUCAAUUCAUAUUAAUUGGUAUUUUUGAAAAUGUAGCAAAAAAUAAUCAAACAUUAUCUGCUGAACUUUUAAAUAAAUUAGAAAUGGCAUUGAAUAGAAAACAAAUUGAAGAUAAAGUGCUUUUAAUAUUUGUAUAUUUGGCACAAAAGGGUGAAAAGUUAUGUAAUAAUAUAAUCCAGAAAAUAUUGAAUAAAAUUUUACUUGAAAAAGACAUUAUGUUGAAACAAGAACUUUUGAGCGCACUUGGAUCGUUGAUUGAAACUCAUUACACCGAUAUUAAACGAUUCCAGCGACAAACAGAGGAAAUCUUAGUAAAUGGAAUCAAUUCGGAUAAUAUUAAUUUACAAAAGAUAUGCAUUCAUGUAUUACGAAUAUUAGCUCGAUUUGUAAAGGUUAAUUCAAGUGUAUUCGAUGCAGUCAUAACAAUUGGUACAGGUUUAUCUUGUGAUAGAACAAUAAAAGAGGAAAUUUAUUCCUUAUUUACAUUUAUGGAACAGAAUAAUAGUGAAUUGACGAGCAAAUAUAAAGCAAAAAUUCAACUGGCUAACUUAGAUUAUCGAUCGAAUAGUGAACUAUUGAAUAAAUUAAAAGCAUAUGCAAAUCAUGAAGAUGGUUUAUUAGAACAAAAUUACAAUCAAUUGAAAAAUAUAAUUGAUCAAGAUUUUCAAUUACAAGAAAAGGCUUUAGAAAUUUUACAUUUAUUGAAAUCGAAAAAUAAAAUGACUGAUGAUCUUAUUGAAAGUAUUGUACUAUUAUAUGAGAGUACCAAUUCCAAAGAAAUAAAGAAUUCUUGUUCAAAAUUACUUGAAGAUGCAAAUCGUAGUGGAAAAAAUCUGAAUGACAGAGCCGCCGAAAUCUUUAAUGAAAAACUAAAAAAUGAUAAAGCCGAUAAAAUCGAACAGGCAUUUUCUCAAAGCAAUCUUUACAAAGAAUUAAACACACGAUUUCAAUUAAAUGAUGCACAAAUAAAAGAAUUGUUAACAGUUCUCAAAAUAAAAGGUAACCAUUUGAAUAUACAAAAUAUAAAAGAAUUGGUUCAAAUGUCAAUAAGCAGCAACCCACUCUAUUAUAAUAGUCAAGCGUUCGUUUUUCUUAUCGAACAAGUUUUAUUGACAAAUACAUGCAACGAAAUUACAUUGCCAUGUUAUUGUCGCAUAAUUAAAGAGAGAAAAUAUCAAAACGUCGCCGAAGUUCUUGAAAAAUUAGUUCAAACCCAAAAUGAAACAUCAUUAUUGUCACUUCUCAUUGAAUCAAUUUAUCAUUCAUUGAAAGAUUGUCAUUUAUCUGAAAGCUGCAUUACACUCUUAGAAAAUAAUCUUGAUCAUGAUGAUCGAUUGAUUCGAAGUUUUUCGUUCAAAGGAUUAAGAAUNUUCAUAUUAUUCAUCGUAUAG